UUCCAUUUUUUGCUCCCGUCUAAAUUAGUCCAAUUAAUAAACAACUUUAUAAAGGUUGUUUUAAAUUAUUUAUUUAAAAAUGAUAAGAAAAAUUGUGAUAUUUGUGAUUUAUAUUUGGAUUAACAACAAUUUUGUAUUUGCCAAUUAUACAUUCACAUAUGAUAUGGCAUUGCGUUGCAAGGAACAUAUCUGUAGACACGGCUACGUCUAUGAGACUUAUUACCGCGUCGAUUCGGUUGACCGUCGACAUUUAAAGAUCGAAGCCGAAUUGAUAUUCGAGAUGCAUCUCGCGAUACUGGCAGGAAGUAACGGUCAUAUUCUAUUAUCGACUGUACCUCAGCCGUCGACUAAUGAUCCCGUAUAUGAAAUAGUUAUCGGAGGAGGUAGCAACCGGUUUACGGAACUUCGUCGUAAUUUAAGAAGAAAUGCUCGAGCGUCCUCGAAGACAGUUGGCAUACUUUCAGCCAUUGAGUUUCGACCGUUUUAUAUUAAAAUUUAUAAAGAUGGUUUGAUAGAAUUUGGCAAGGAGAAUGAAGUUCUGCCGGUGCUAAGUUAUUUUGAUAUGAACCCUUUACCAGUAAAAUACUUCAGUUUCGCUGCGUGGAAUGGAGUCGAGGCUAAAUUUUUGUAUGACUGUCCAGCACCGGGGAGCAAUGACACAUCAGCAACACCUAAUUCAGAAGCUGUAGAGCGCAACGAAACGAGCUCUGAUAGUUUGAAGACAUCGUUAUUGAUGGGACGAAUGCCCAAUCUACCGCCGACUCAACAAAUGAAUGUAAAGCUCGGAAUCAAAGUAACGAGUUUGUUUUACAAUGCUUUAGAUGCGAAGUUAACAACUGGAUUAUCUGUAUUCAUGAGUUGGAUGGAUGACAGCAUGGCUUGGAAUCCUACAAAGUUUAAUGGCACCACAAGCUUGACAUUUCGUCAGGGACAAAUCUGGAGUCCGACCUUCUUCGUUUUCAAUUCUGAUGAUUUAGGAAUGCUAGACACAAAUAAUCCUGACCAUAUAUGGAUGGUGUACAGCGGGGAAGCUGUAUUUCAUUUCCAAACGACUAUAUACACGUGGUGUGUAGAUUACUCGACUAAUUUGAAUAGGUGGCCUCGCGAUGAAUACAAUUGUUCUAUAGUAAUCCAGCCAUGGGACACGUAUGAGCAAAUAUUUCUCAGCAUUCCAAAGUUAGAAGAAAUGGAUGGCUUUACAGAUAUAGACGAUGUGAUACAAAACGAAUGGGAACUUGAUAUACAACAAAAUGUUGUAUCGGCGAAGACCUGGAGUAACAUAGGGGCAAUCAUUGGGACUGGUACAAACGAUAGUAUGACGACAAGUGACAGGUUGUUCAUCAAGAUGAAUCUCAAGAGACGAGCUUCGUCUUAUAAUAUUGUGUUUUAUACGCCUCUUCUGGUGUUGGCAACAUUCGUAUUAAUGUCGUUUUGGUCGGAACCAGUGAAGAUGGACCGUGUGUGGUUUUACGCGGGAACUACGAUUGUCAUUUGCAUGGGACUUUGUUAUAUCGACUAUUUAGUACCUUGCCACACUAUUCCUACAAUAUUGGUGUUGUACACGACUGUACUUGUCGGCGCAUUGAUAGCGAUAGUCAUACACGUGCUGUUGAUGACGGAAAUGGCUGAUAGGAUUUGCAAGAAGCCAUUCAUGAGUACUAUUUUAUUUCAACGAUGGUUAAGAACAUUGUUUUGUCUACCUGAAAUUAAGUUGUGCCGAAUCUACGAAACUCUUGGCGAGAGUAACUUGACGGCGGAAGAAGAUUGUGAUUCAGGGGUCGGUCUCGCGCCCAGGUUGGGUAACGUUGAAGAAAUGCAGUCAGAUAAUAUAGAGUUUAAUGCAAGACGUGAAAUAGCAGAGGUGUUGGAUAAAAUUAUGUUUUUUGUUUAUUCCAUAACUUUCUCUGUAAUGCUAAUUUUACAUUAUUAAUUA